AGCGCAAUGCAGCCCAAUUGCGCGACGGCUGCUCGAACACUGCUCAUAAUUGAUGGACAGCGUAGUCACCAUGAGAGAAGCAACGCGAUCAGCGAACCAAACGGCAGAGCUCAGCAGCGCACCUUUCGAAACGGCGCGCUGCAUCUCGCGACGAACUGCCCAACUGUGGCCUGUGUUACUUCGACCCUGCCGCAGCAGCCAACACCGUGGCUGAAACGGUGUCCUUCACCUCUCUCACCCACUCUCGCACGUGGUCUUUGUUAUGGGGUGCUCAGCGUUGCGUCUUCCACAAGACUCUUCCUCCCGCCUCCUCCCCAGGCCAUUGUGGGCGGCGUCUACGCUGGAAAGACGACAUCUGCUUCUUUUUUUUUUUUCAGCGCCCACGCUCUCUCUGAAGCGUGGCGGAACGUGGCGGACUGCCCUUGUUGA